AACAAUAUGAUUUUUUAUAGUUUUUUUUAAAGAUGUCUGAAGAUUUCACAACCAGCGCAAAGCUCACACAAGUGGUUUUCUCCCUUGAGGAGGAUGAUCUUGUUUUAGGAAACGCGUCAACCACCAACUAUCAACGACCAAUUGGCCGAGAUCAGCCAAAGAGUUCUGGCUAUAGAAACCGUGUUGGAGGCAAACACGAAGCAGCUGGCGGAGACGGCCGAGAUGAGCCAAAAAAUUCGGCCAUUGGAAACUGUGUUGGAGGCAAACACGAAGGAGCUGGCGGAGACCACAAACCAGGUUGCGAGGAUGACGGCCUUGUUGGAGGUGUUCGUGAAGGGGAAGGCGAAUUAUGUGGCUGUGUCUUAUGUGUCACAUCGGAGGAAGACCUGGUGGCUUUAGACCUGAACAUAAGCCAUUCGUCUAGAAAUUCCUGAGGAAUUCGUCCAGGAAUUCCUGAGGAAUUCAUUGAAACAAGCCCUUGCUUAUUUUUCGAUAUCCCACAGGAAAUCCUCAGGAAUUCCUCAGGUAUUCCUCUGGAAUUUCGAAUUCCUCGCCCCAAACGCCUGUUUUAUGGAAAUUCCUCGCCGAUUUGUAUGGGAAAUUCUCCGGGAUUCCAAGAGGAUUCCUUAGGGAAUCUUUAGGGACUGGUACUGAAGGGAAAAUUACUUGCCCGUAUUUUUCCUCGCCAGAGUUCGAAAAACAAAA